AUGGGGAGUCCAGGUCGUGAACACAUGGGGUGCACUGCACACUCGCCUCUGUACAUCACUCACCCCCACAUUAACCCCAGGGUGGCCUGGUUGGAAGAGGCGGAGGACAUCAAACCGCCCCGUGGUUUGAUUGGGCUCCCUGAGGUCAGCUGGCCGGGGAUCUACGUCCCCUGCUACGACAGAUUAGUCAUGGAGGAGAACCCCUGGGUGCUAGGGAUGACAGAGGCCCCCGCUCCUGCUGCUCCUCCCUCCAGGGCUCCGGAGGUGAGCCCUCCUGCACCCAGCCAAGCCCAGGACUCCUCUUCUGAGGUGGAGGGUCAGGUGGAGGAGCGCUGUCUGGAGCAAGUCCGGACCAUGGUGGUGGGAGAGGUGCUGAAAGAUGUUGACACAGCCUGCAAGCUGCUCAACAUUGCUCCAGAUCCUUUAGACUGGAGCUGUGCUCAUGUUCAGAAGUGGCUGCUCUGGACCGAACACCUGUACAAGCUGCCACAAGUCAGCACAAUGUUUCAGGAGCUGACCGGGAGAGAUCUGUGCUCCAUGACGGAAGCACACUUCAGACAACACUCCUUGCAGUUUGGAGAUGUGCUGUAUGCUCACCUGGACAUCUGGAGAUCUGCUGCAGCGAUGAAGGAGCGCUGUCCACCAGAGGACAGAAAAUCUGCAGCUGAUGAUGAUUCCUGGUCAGAUGUGAUGUGUAACUACCCCAGCCAGCCCAUCCACCUGUGGCAAUUCCUUCAAGAGCUUCUCCUCAAGCCGCACAACUACAGCCGCUGCAUCCGCUGGCUCAACAAAGAGAAAGGAAUUUUCAAAAUAGAAGACUCAGCUCAUGUGGCCAGACUGUGGGGCAUCAGGAAGAACCGCCCAGCUAUGAACUAUGACAAACUGAGUCGCUCUAUACGCCAGUACUAUAAGAAAGGAAUCAUCCGGAAGCCCGAUGUUUCCCGUAGACUAGUCUACCAGUUCGUCAACCCUGUAUGAUGAAGGAGAUCAGCUGAUCAGAAGACAAUUAUUAGCUCAGGGCCAACCAAAAAUAUGCUGGACAUACGGUAGAAGUAACGUGAACUCUGAAGCUUAUUUGUAUAUUGUAUUUGAUGUUUCAUGCCAAUUGUAUAGACUGCCUACUGAAACAUGCACUCCUGCCUAUCAUAAUUUCAUUCUAUUUUAUAAUUCUUAAAAAGUGGAUUUUAUUUUGUCUCUUUGUUGUCUUUAGCACUCAUGUUUAACAUUACUCUUCGGUGUGAUGUUUGGUUUCUCAAAGGACUUUUUUUUUCUUCUGACUGAGGAAACAUAAAAAAAAAAAACUAAAUAUGCCUUUUCCCUUUAUUGCAGAAAGUUUGAUGAAAAGAUUCAAAUGUCCCAUGUACACUUAAUUCUGGUGGUAGCAGUCAGAUAGCUUAGAUUAGCAUAAAGACUGGAAACAGUGUGAAACAGCUGUCGCUGCUCUGUCCAGUUAUAAAAAGUCUGUAUAUGAGCACCUCUAUAUUUCACUGACACAUUAUGCUGUGUCAUCUUUGUGUAAUUCAUAAUAAAACAAAGUGUGGCUUUAAGGGCUCGUAGGGUCUUUUGUUACUUUUGGACAGAGGUAGACUAGUGUUUCCAGUCCUUGCUAAACUCCGUGCUAAGCUAACUGGCUGCUGGCUCCAGCUACAUUAUUGUACAGACAUGAGAUUAGUAUCUUCUCAGCUAACUCUUUGCAAGAAAGAGAGUUUUUAAGUGUAAUUCCCAAAAUGUAGAACUAUUCCUUUAAACGAUGACACUUCCUAUUAUUCCCGGGUGUCGAGAAUAUUUAGAAGUUGCAGAACAAUGCCAAAGUAAGUGAAUAUUUUAUUAAACCUGCUGUGAUAAAUAGUCCUUACAUAUCAUUCUUUAAGUUUAUGUUCAAGAUCUACAAUAAAGCAUUAACUUAUUACCAGGUGUUGUCCCUUUAAAAGCAGAAACAAGAAAUACUCCAAUAAAACACUCACGUGCAGUCCAUACAAAAAACACACUGACACUAACUUUUUUUUUUUCAACAAACUUGUUUCCCUUUCAUACCAAUAUCGCAAUAUUGACACCAUCACAACAAAUUUGAUUUGGGUUUUUCAUCACUAUCAUCAUUAUUAUCUGUGAUCAUAAUCAUCUUUAUGCAUAUUUAAAUGAACUUCUUGUUACAUCAAGAUGAACAGGCACUACACCAGUUAGGAGAUAAAAGUACAUCACUAACUAUGAACAUACAUCUUCUAGACCGCUAAUAUAGGGUUUCCACAACAUGAGCUGCUGUCCCCUGUGUGCAUAAGGAAGAGAUCAUCAACAUAAAAAAGCAUUUACAUGUACACCUUUUUACUGCCUCAACAUGGUUAGGUCUCAUUUUCAACUCAACACAGUUGUACAGUUACAAUAGAAUAUAAUCUUUAAAUUACAUCAUCAUAUACAAAUCUGACAGCGUGGGAUAACGUCACGCUUUUAUGAUACACUGACAAUUCCAUUGCAAUGAAAUUCAUACGAUAUGGUACCUAUUACUUAAUAUGUUUUCCAUUGCUGUUAUUUUAAUGAAACACAUUUACAUGUAUAACACUACAUUUUGUCUUAAUAGUCAAUCACUUGCAUUUUUUUUUUUUUUUUACAUUUUUUCUGUUACAUUUACACAA